CACAUCGAUAAGUAGACCUGUUGAGUAGCAAGCGCAUGGUCUUCUCCUGCUCCUGUUCACGUUGUGGAUAUGUGCGCGUCUGAUUGGCUGCAGCAGGACAUCGGCUACGUCUCGCUUCCAAGUGACCGCGUGCAGUGGCGGCGCGCACUACUUGAAAGUUGAAACUUGGCACCCCCAUUCCCUUGUUGACUGCCAAGCUCUGACCGCGCUGUUCAUACACUUAUCGCAUACUUACGAUGCGGCCUCGUUGAGUCUGCAGCAAGUGUUGCAUCAGCAUUUUAGACUCAGGCGACCAUGAAAUUCGGCAAAAACUUGCCGGGCAACAAGGUACCGGAAUUUGCAGCACAUUACAUCAACUACAAGGGCCUCAAGAAGAUCAUCAAGUCUUCUGAAAAAGAUGAACGCAAGGAGACAGACUUGACGGCCUUCUUGUACGAGCUCGACCGCAAUUUGGAGGACAUCAAUGAGUUCUUCAAUCGGCGCAAUGGCGACAUCUUUCGCCGGAUCGGUUUGCUCCGUAGUCGUUAUGCCAUCAAAGAUGCAUCUGAUCUGAAGCGACUUGAUAUGCCUUCUGAAGAUUGGGAGGAGCUUGUCGCGGCUGUGAUUGACUUGCGUUCAGCACUCCAGAAACUGCUCUUUUAUGCUGAAGUCAACAAGCAAGGUAUGGUCAAAAUUCUCAAGAAGGUAGAGAAGAAGACGGGCGCUUUGGUGCGCGAAUCCUACUUGGAAACGAAAGUCAACAUGUUGCCCUUUGCGAGUCCAACGGCGACGCAAGAUCAGCUCCAUGAAGUCAAUCGCUGGCUAAGCAAGCUUGUACCAGAUGGAAAAGAAGUGCUGCUAGCCGCUUCCAAGACAGAUGAUAGCAUUCGCCGCGUGCGCUCCGUCGUGCACAUGGGUCUUGAGGAAGAGCGCGCCAAAGCGUUCGAGACCAUUAUCAGAAACAACGAUAGUGAGGCACUCAAAGAACUAUUGGACACGACUGUGCCUGCAAUCUCGGAUAAGGUUCUGGCAAAUCUGCUCCAGCAAGCCCUCUUGGCGCAUUCCUUUGAUGUCGCUCGCCUGUUCUUGGAUCGCAUGACAUCGCUCAUCAUUCAGGACGACAUCAACGAGCGCAACGUCAUUCACAAGCUCAUCAUUGUCCAAGGCAGACGCAUCUGCAAGACAAAGGACGGACAGUUAGGAGGAAGUCCGCUUGCACAAGAAAUGUUCAUCACACCGGCCAUUGCGCCUUCUGGCAAUCUCAGCUUGGGUAAUGCCGCGCUUGAUUUCGGCAGUCGUACACGAGACGACUACAGUGAAGACAGCCCUGCGGCACUCAAAUUUCUGUUGAGUAACAUGAAAGCAAGUAUGCGCAGCACCCUCGUCCACCUCGAUGCGCACCACAGAUCCCCACUGCACUAUGUCGCCGAGUAUGGCCUAGAAAAGUGUGCACAGGUGGUCAUCAGCUACAUGCUUGCAUGGAAUCAGUUGAGUGCAUCUGAUUUGCUCGAAGCGCCACGUUUUGAAGAUGCUGAUGGAUAUACUCCAAUUCACCUUUGCGUCAAGCACAAGUAUCCAAUAACGCUGGGAGUCAUGCUGCGUGCCAACAAUCAUGACAACAGGCAGACUUACGAGCUCCGCAAGUACCAAGGAUCAACAGCUGUCAAUCCGAUCACACUAGCCAUCGGUGCGCCAAACAUCAUUCGCGUUCUGUUAGAUGCCGGCGUAGACGUCAACAAGCAGAAUUAUGAAGGUGAAACGGCGAUGCACGCCGCAGCUAGGCUUGGCGACGUCGACUCGAUCCAAGAGCUUUUGAAACCCAAUGAUCUGCAAACGGUCAAUCUCUCUUUGGCUGAAAAGACGUAUGGCUGGACUCCGGUGUUCGUGGCAGCUGUGGAGGGGCAUCUUGAGGCUGUGCGCAUUCUAGCACACGCAAGAAAAGCCCUUGAUCAAGUGGACUUAUCUGGAUGGACCGCAAUGGAACACGCUGUCUUUCGUGGCCAUAUCGAAUGUGGCAAAGCGCUUGUGCCCAUGAGUCCACCGGGCCCGACAAGCGUCUUUGAGGGCGUGCGACCACAUAUGACACCGCGUCACAGUAGUAGCGAAACUCGGGACGGGCUGACUGGAAAGGUUCAACCUGUUAAGUCUUUUGGUCAUCGUUAUCUUAAGGAUAAGUGUAUGAUCAUCGUCACCCUUGGCUCCACCGACUCGCGUCGUGUGCGCAGUCCAAUACAGCUAGACAAAGUUCCUAUCGCCGAAGCGAGUAGCACCAGACUCGACACCGCGCUUACGCUGGUUGUAUCAGCCAAGAACGCAGAAGGAGACGCCAUAUUCUUCGACUUGCCCAUGAGCGAUGCGCCAACAACGGAACCUAUUCUCUUUACAGCUACGGAUCCAGACAAGGUUCAGCUCUUGUUUGAUAUUGUCCCGACAUACUCUACAGGAGGUGCUAAGCUUGGACGAGCUGUUGCCUUGCUCAGUUCAAUCAAGACCAAAGUGGGCUCCAAGAAGGCCUCGCUAUGGGGAGCUGUCACGGUACCCAUUGUCGAGUCAGAAUCGCUCAGCGUCAUUGGUACAAUUGAAUUUGAAUUCAGUGUCGUCACACCGUUCUCGCACCCACAAAUCUCGAUUGAGAAGGAGUCGACUUAUUGGAAAUCGCUCAUGACAACGCGUGUUAUUGGACAUCGUGGACUAGGCAAGAAUCAGCCAGACCGCAAAUCUUUGCAGCUUGGGGAGAAUACUGUGCAGUCCUUUGUUGCAGCUGCCAACCUCGGUGCCAGCUAUGUCGAAUUUGAUGUGCAAUUGACCAAAGAUCUUGUGCCCGUCAUCUAUCACGACUUUCUCGUUUCUCAGACAGGUAUUGAUGCGCCGGUUCACUCGCUCACGUUGGAGCAAUUUAUGUCUACCUCACAAGCUGAACGCCAAACGUCCGACUCGAGGAAUCGAUCGCGCGUGCAUUCGCCUGACGCUAAUGAGCCAAGGACUUUAAAAGAACGAGGCCGUUCUCGGAGUUUGAGCACACAGGAGAUAUUCUCCAACAUUGAACGUAUGAAGCAUACAAGAGAUUUCAAGCUGAAAGGAUUUAAAGGCAAUCAGCGUGGGCACUCUGUUCAAGAUGACUUUUCCACUCUUGAACAAGUCUUCAAAAAGGUGCCCAAAAACGUCGGCUUUAACAUUGAAUGCAAGUAUCCGAUGCUGAGUGAGGCCGAAGCUGAAGAGAUGGACAAUACAGCGAUUGAGAUCAAUCAAUGGGUCGAUACAGUCCUGCAAUGCGUAUUUGAUCAUGCCAAAGGGCGCGACAUUAUCUUUUCAAGCUUUCACCCUGACAUUUGUCUUUUGCUGGCACUCAAACAACCGACCAUGCCAUGUCUUUUCUUGACCGAAAGCGGCACGACCUACAUGUGUGACGUCCGCUCGUCCAGCUUGCAAGAAGCGAUUCGGUUUGCUUCUCGAUGGAAUUUACUCGGACUCGUCUCUGCAUGUGAGCCAUUUGUCCUUUGUCCUCGACUCGUUCGCGUUGUGAAGGAGUCUGGCUUAGUUUGUGUGUCUUAUGGUACGAUGAACAAUAACCCACAGCAUGUCAAUGCGCAAGUCAAAGCGGGUGUUGAUGCAGUCAUUGUCGACUCUGUUCUUGCCAUUCGAAAAGGACUGACAAGUGAAGAAGCUGCUACAAAUGGUCUAGGCGUGACGGCUGAACGCUCUGGCCCCAGUACGGGCCAGCUGACUCCAGAGAGCAGUGGAACGAGUGAGCCAGUCGUGGCGUGA